AUGCAGGCGGACUUGGCGCCGGGGGUCCCACCUGCCGACGGAGUCAACCACCUCCCUGCGCCGUACACCACGGUCACCAGCCAUCGGCGUACUUGCGGCAGGUGGCGGACCAGUCGUGCGUGCCGAAACCGGCUCCGCCCUACGAGGUGGUCGCCGGAGCGAAGGUCAGUCAGGAGACUGCGUCAGUCGAGUUCCAAUAUGACGGAGGCUCUCGGGUUUUUCCUCCAUUUCUUCAAGCAACAGCCGCAGUUCUAUGCCGAGUUCCCCCAGGAGUUCACGGAGGCUGUAGACGCUGCCGUGGGUCCGCGCCCAUCGGAGGUGGCACGUAUUGUGUCAAGUAUUGGUUUGCUAUGCGUUGUAUGGUUCGCAUUCGGGAACGCGUCUUCCUCGCCAGCUCUGCUGGUAGUCUUGGCGGCGUGCGCCACAACAGGUUGGAAUGUAUGGUGA